AUGAUCGGCUUACCGCGUAGCGAUAGAGAUAGAGAUCGUAUUACGGUGAAAAUUCGCAAUAUGAAGAGGAGUUCCUCCAGAGACAGUUUGCCCCGGUCGAAAAGGACGCGUAGUAGUAUAGGAAGGUACGACGAUAGUUCCGAUGAGCGUGCCACACCGGAUAGAGUCCGCAGACGAGUUCGUUCUCCUAGUCCCCGUGGUAGGUACGUUUCUCCUCACAGAGACGAUUAUGUUAGGUCACGCGAAGUGAGGGAAGAAUCCGUGCGCCCAUAUUAUAAGGUGCUUUGUGUCAGUGCAUUACAUCCUAAAGCAUCAGAUGAAAUAGUGAAAGAUACUUUGUAUAGAGAGUAUAAAAAGUUUGGCGACUUCAGUAUCAAGAUCUCCCACGAGCUAGAUGAGCGAGUGGCAUAUGUAUGCUUCAGGAGUGCUGAGGAUGCUAGAGAUGCUAAACAUGCCAAACCCAGGAUUAUUCUGUAUGAUAAAGUUGCCAUUGUUGAUCCAGUCUAUGAACCUGUCCGUUCAGAGUACAGAAGUAGACCAAGAAGCAUAACUCCUCCUGAUUAUGAUCGUCCAUAUUCCUAUGCUUGGUCACCAGUACCAGAAAGACGCAGACCCCCUCCAGAAGAUAGAGCUUAUGGAAUACCUCCUACUGUGCCUCCUCACCACAGGGAUUUUAGGCCUCCCAUGCAUGAAUAUCCCAUGGCAGGUCCUCAUGGUCCUCCAAUGCACCAUCGUCCUCCUAUGCACCAUCCCCCCCAUCCGCAUUACAUGCCCAGGCCAUACAUGCCUAGACCUCACCACACUCCUUUUGAUAAGAGUGAAAAUAAAAAAGAUAAGUUUCCCAAUUACUUGCAUCAUGUUCAACCUGAAGAUGAUCCUUUGGCCACUAGGACAUUAUUUGCAGGUAACCUAGAGAUAAACAUAUCAGAUGAAGAGUUGCGUCGUAUAUUUGGACGUUAUGGAAUUGUUGAAGACAUUGAUAUUAAAAGACCUCCCCCAGGAACAGGAAAUGCGUUUGCAUUUGUUCGUUAUCAAACAUUGGACAUGGCUCAUAGGGCUAAAGUUGAGCUGUCAGGUCAGUACAUUGGCAAAUUUCAAUGUAAAAUUGGUUAUGGUAAAGCCACACCCACAACACGAGUCUGGGUUGGUGGUCUGGGUCCGUGGACAUCAGUAGCUCAACUAGAAAGAGAAUUUGACAGAUUUGGGGCAAUAAAGAAAAUUGAAUAUGCCAAAGGGGAGCCUCAUGCAUACAUUUUGUAUGAUUCUAUUGAUGCUGCACAGGCAGCAGUGAAAGAAAUGAGAGGGUUCCCACUGGGUGGACCAGAACGUCGCCUGAGAAUCGAUUUUGCUGAUGUCGGAAAUGGAGGCCCCUACAGGCCCAAGCCGUAUGUCCCCCCUGUUGGUGAAGAUGGAAGGCCUGUAGAAGGCUAUGAAGGAUAUGAGGGCACAUGGGAUGAGAGUUAUGGCUAUAGUGGCUAUAGAGGUCGCGGUGGGCAUCGUGGUCGUGGGCGUGGAACGUACCGUGGUGUGUAUCAUGGAGCAGGUGAUUACCGGGAUGAUGAGUGGCGAAGGCCUCCUGACAGUGAUUAUGAUACUCGUUUACGUCGAUCUGGGUCUCGAGAGCCUGGAGUUGAUCGUUCACGGUCUCGAACACCACGUCGCCGUUCACCUGAUAGUGACUCUGAUGGUUCACCUCGCAGAGGCAAUGGUAUGCUUUCUUCAGCGAGAACCCUUCCUGAAGUUGUACGUAAAGCUCUUACUACUUGGAAUGGAGCUCUUAUCCUUAAGAACUCUCUUUUCCCGACAAAGUUGCACUUAACUGAUGGUGAUUCUGACAUAAUUGACAGCCUGAUGAAAGAUGAGGAUGGCAAAAAUCAAUUGAGAAUAACGCAGAGGCUAAGAUUGGAUCAGCCUAAGUUAGAUGAUGUACAAAAGCGUAUUGCUACAUCAAGUUCUCAUGCUAUAUUUCUUGGAGUAGCAGGUUCAACAGCAUCUAUAACAAAUGAUGAUGCUAGUAUUCAAACUAGACCUAUGAGAAAUCUGGUUUCAUAUCUAAAACAAAAAGAAGCUGCUGGUGUAAUAUCUCUGCUCAAUAAAGAGACAGAAGCUACAGGAGUCCUAUACUCCUUUCCACCAUGUGACUUUUCAACUGAACUAUUGAAACGCACUUGUCAUAACUUGACUGAAGAGAGCCUCAAAGAGGAUCAUUUAGUAAUUGUUGUUGUUCGGGGGGGUUCAGCUUAG